AUGCCGCUUUCAGAAACAUCCUCGCUUUCUUCAACUUCGUCUCCAGUCCAGCAACCACAACAGACAUGGCUUCUCAAGUUCAUCAAGAGGUCCAUAUCUACCACUCAGUCACAAACACCGCGCCAAAGCCCGGCGCCUGUUGAGCUCUGCCGCGACUCUCUUGAAACCGCGCUUAACGGAGGGGACAGUGUGCCCUUGGCUAGUGUCGGUACAAAUGCUAGUCCAGGAUCACAAUCUCGAUGCUCUGCUAGUUCUAGCGCUUCGGGGACUAUAUUGGACUCGUGCAAGUGUUGCGGAACGAUCAUCAAGUACCCUACGGAGGUGUGCCGAAUCAAAUGUAUGGUUUGUCAAACAACGAUGACUGUUCGGGACAAAAGAAGGCCCACUGGGGUUGGUAUUGAAGAGGAAACAGAACAAGAGUUACCCCAGAGCUAUGUAUCGUACGCAAUGGUCAAGGAACUGAUUGCCCAGUGCAGACACUCUACAAAAACCGACUCGGGUCCAAAGAACGGGACUCCACAUGCGGUUUUCCAGCCAAUGGAAUUGGCGCUUCAAAAUUCGUUCAAGUCAUUUAAGUGCUUGAACAAUUCUUUCAGAGUUGAUAGAACACAAGCUGGUGUCUCGUAUCAUUCCCCAAACAUAAAGUUCGAUGAAGCCAGAAAGGUGUUUAACCUUUUGUCAACGCUACCGACAGUAAGGCCAUACUUCAAGGUUCUUCUUGGAGCUUUGGAUCUACUGAGACACCCACCAGAUUUGGGAGACCCUGCUUCUCUCAGAUGGCUUCUUAUACUGUUGGAAAUCCCUCUGCUGUCCGACUCUCUGGUUCAGAGCAAUGUCGAUGCUCCGGUAUUGCCGAGUGAGAUCCGUGUGGUAGCGUAUGAAAUCCUCAAACGGAUCAUUGGGCUUUUGGCUCAUUUGGAGAAGCGACCAUCCCAAUACCUGUGCCAUUGGUGGUCGCGUCUACCUCACGAUGAGUUCGUGAAAAAAGUCGAUUUCUCCAACCUCUACAUCACCUUCCAGCUCACAAGACUGGUGAACUACGACAUGUAUGAUCUUCAUCCAAAGGACAAAAAGGGGACUCAGUACUCGGCAGAUGUUGUUGAUGAUGUGAACUACAAAUCUGCAAUGAACGGAUCCCCCAUGAGGAAUCUUGAGGCUUUGAAGCCGUUGCAUGCGGCCCUGCCUAUGUCCCCUUCUGGCCGCCGCAUAAAUCUGAAAGGCAAAGAUGGAGAAAUCAAGAUCAGAUUGGCCCAGUACAGCAGUGUGUGGCAUCUGAGAACUGCAGGGAGAGUGUUGGCGUUGCUAUUUUCAGCUAACACCCGUGGCAAUAAGAAUCUUCCAAAGGUAAGCACGUCUAACUUUUACAACAGUUUGGUGGAUUAUGUGAACGUCAAGCAAGACUUUGACGCCUGGCAAUUCAACAGUGGAACAGCUGGAAAGGUUGAUUCUUCAAAUGCGGACACUUCUUUGCAAAGUGUGAUUGAGUACCUACAAUCCGAAUCGUCCACAUCGUACCUCGGGAUUUCGACUCCGAUAGGAGGUGGAAACUCUAAGAAAGCCAGAUUCACAUUUUGUCAAUUCCCCUUUUUGCUGUCUCUUGGGGCUAAAAUUUCUAUUCUCGAGUAUGAGGCCAAGAGACAGAUGGAGCGGAAAGCGGAGGAGGCUUUUAUUCAUUCCAUCAAUAAGAAGGUCCCCAUUGAUGUAUACUUCAGGGUGAGGGUUAGAAGAGAUCAUAUCACUGCAGACUCUAUACGCAGUAUUAAAAGCCAUCCCAAUGAUCUCAAGAAACUUCUGAGAGUUGAGUUUGUGGAGGAACCAGGGGUUGAUGCUGGAGGCCUGAAGAAAGAAUGGUUUUUAAUUCUUACGAAGGAGCUUUUCCAUCCUGAUAAGGGCAUGUUUGCAUACAAUGAAAAGUCCAAUCUUGGAUGGUUUACCGUGUCGAAUUCUGACAAAGAUGAGCUCUACUAUCUGGUCGGUGUGGUUUUGGGUUUGGCGAUAUACAAUUCCACCAUCUUGGAUCUGAGCUUACCCAAAGCCCUCUACAAGAAGUUACUGAACAAGAAAGUGGGUCUCGACGACUUCUUAGAGUUGGACCCCGAAGCUGGUAUGAAUUUGAAGAAGCUGUUGAAGAUGUCACAGACCGAGCCUAUUGAGGAAUUCGAGCUCUACUUCGAUGUGACGUAUAAAGAUCUGUCUGGCGAGACCAAAGUCGCCGAGUUGAAGGAGAACGGAUCAAAUAUCAAGGUCACGCAUUCAAAUAAGCAUGAGUAUGUUCAGAGGUAUGUUUCGUUCUUUUUGAACGAUGUCACGAAACAAUCUUACGAAUCUUUUUCAAAGGGGUUUCAAAAUGUCAUAGGUGGAAAUGCUCUUUCGCUCUUUUCGCCUGAAGAGAUCCAAUUGAUAUUAAUUGGAGACAACAACGAUGGUCGCAAGAUUGAUGUUGAUGUGUUGAAGUCGGUCACCAAAUAUAACGGAUGGGUAAGCGCGGAAAUGGCGGCCUCUUCUUUUCCAGUGAAAUGGUUUUGGGAAUAUUUCGAGCACCUAUCGUCUCUCGGUCAGAGAAAACUGCUACUUUUUAUCACAGGAAGCGAUAGGAUACCAGCAACAGGACUACCAACUUUAAACUUCAAAAUUACAAAAAUACGUGGAGAUCAAGGAAGACUUCCAAUUGCACAUACAUGCUUCAACGAAUUAUGCCUCUAUGACUAUGAAAACAAGGACACAUUCUUCCGCAAGCUGGACUUUGCGGUACACGGAAGCGAAGGUUUUGGGUUACGUUGA